ACCUGUUCAAUACAUCCAUUAUAGGGAAUUAUGUUACAAUGGACUCUUGCGCAACUGGUGAGAAGUAAAGUUAAUGGGAUAUUUGGGGAUAAUAUAGCUUAAUCAUUUUAUCAAGGGGUAAAGGUUUAUAACACUACAAAAUGUUCAGGUCGCAGAAUUGUUGACGAAGAAAGGACAUUAUUUUCUUUUUAUCCUGUUAUGAUGAUGUGCUCGUAAUAUGUGUCCAUAGUAAUAUAUUUGUGAAAUUAGUUGAAAUAACGUUCGUUAUGAAUGUACAUGUUGUAAAUGUUUCAAAAAUAGGCCUGGUAGAGUUUCAAUUCAAGACUCUGUUUAAAACGGCAAUAAGUAAACUCAAUGUGUUCCAUUACUUAUCAAACAGAAGAAAGUGGGCAAGUGUUCCAGCUUAUUAAUAUUGAAUGAAAUGACAAAAGGGAGUCAGUCUAAUUAUGUACUUUGCAAGAAAAAAAAAGAAGUAACCUUGCUCUGAGAUUUUAAUGUUCUUUUCUUUUUUAAUUACCGAGAAUGCUAUUUUCAAUUGAUGCAUUUCCAUUUAUAAUAGUUUUCUUUUAACUGCAGGCUGAUCAUGAGGCAUCGACAACAACGGAAGAGGCCAAACGUCAAUAUGUUGAGCAGAGGGAAGAAGCCUCGCUGAGGAUUGCCCAGACAGCUAAGGUGAACAUUGAUAAAGCCCAUGAAAAGCAAAAGAAAAACUUCAAAGAAAGACAGCGAAAAGGGAGGCGUUAUGAGGACAUUUGUGUGGGAAAUAUGGUUCUGGUUCAUAAUGCAAGGAAGGCUGCUACAAAGAAGAAGGGAAAUCUAGAUCCGAACUACCAUGGUCCAUAUAAAGUAGUCAAUAUAGAUGGCAAGUGUGCCACUCUUCAGAACGAUUCAGGACAUACUCUAAAGAGGAAAACAAACAUAGACCACCUGAAACUGUUCAAAGAUCAGACCGCUCAUGAGACAGAUUUGUGUGCGCAGGACACCUGUGACAAUACUUCUGAAGAGGGUACAGUUUCUUGUAUGCAGGACACUGUUGGGAAAUACAUUGAAGAUGUCAGUUCAGAUGGCAGUCUGAAUGAACUUUUUAAGUUUAUAAGUGAACUGAACUUAUCAAAGAUAUCUCUGAACACUUUAGGUUUUCAAUAUCACCACUGUCCACAACAGAGUUUCUUGAAGGAGGUUAUCAGUGUAUCGGAGGCAGAGUUAGAGUGCUUUGGUACACUAUUGUUACCUCAUCUGAGACAUUUGGAUUUGGACUUGUCAGUGAAAACAUCAGUGGCUAUGCUUACAUCUGCAGUAUGUGUUAUGGCCAGUCAUCAGUUUCAGCCACUGAUGACCAUUGCACAAACACUCAAGGAGGUACCAAGCCAUCUUGAGGAUGUUGACAUUCACGAGAUCCCACAACUCUACCCAACACAAAGACUCACAGUUGGCGGCGAGACACUAGAGGCGGUGGACAUGGCAACUCUAGAGGAUGGGAAGUGGAUAAACGACAAAGUUCAGUUCUCCAAAUACACUCAUGUAUUCCUGCCAAUAUGCAUCAAUGGGAAUCACUGGGUGUUGCUGGUUGCAGACGUAAAGCAAAGACUUGUCUACGUUCUGGACUCUAUGAAUGGGGAGGUUGGUCAGAAAUGGACAAGGAUGUGGGCAGAAUUCAUGGCCAAUCGGGACAGACUUCCAGAUGUUACUGAACAGUUUGGUGUGUGGAACUUCCCGGAGAUCAGAAGCAGCAAACAGACCGACAGUAAUUCAUGCGGUGUGUUCACCCUGAUGAAUGCGGAAUGCAUUGCCAAGGAUGUUCCCAUAGCAGUCAUGAGACAAGUGCAUUGCCAAAGAUAUAGACAAUAUGUUAAGGCAUCUUUGCUCAAUGCUGGAGCAGCAAAGUCGGACUCUAAGUGUGACAUGCCAGAUUGUAGGAUACCUAAAGGACACAAAAGAUGGGUCCAGUGUUGCGUGUGUGGACGUUGGCUCCACACAAAGUGUUGCAGGAUUCCGACAAAGGCAGCCAUCGAGGAGGAAUACGAAUGCUGCUUCUGUGAAGCCAUGUAUAGAUAGACAUUCAUAGCUUAUUAUUGCUACCAAUUGGUUUGGAAAAGCUUCCUCUUCCAAUUUCUAUUAGGACUGGUCAAAUUUGAUGAAUAAUGUGUUAUGGUGUAGUUUAUCUGUCUGUUAAUUUUUGUUAUCUCCUACAUUUUUCUAACAAUCUCUUUGAAACUUGGUAUUCAUUAUAAUUAUGAUAGGAAAUUGUAUUACCCUGAAAAGGUUUUAAUUUCAUUAUUUUUGAACAAGUUUAUUUCAGUGAUGAAAAUUCUUGUCACAUCAUUCCUAUUUUUAUCCUGCCAUCAUCAGAUGGUGGACUAUUCAAAUCGCCCUGCAUCCAUCAUCUCUAUGUCCAUAACAAUCCUUGUUAUCAUUAUGUCAAAGUACUGGAGGUACAUUUCUAUAACAUGAUGAGUAGGUUCCCCUUAGUUCCCAGUUGUGUUAAAACAAAAUGACUGACAGGUGGCCAUCUUUGAUUUUGAGAACUAGAAGAUUUUUGUAGCUACAUUGUAUUUCUUAAAGUACUGGAGGAGUGUUUUGCAAACUUCACUUGUUCUUGUCAUCAGAUUAUGAAGAGGGAAAAAAAGAAAUGGAAAAGUAAUGAAAUCAGUCUGACAUAGAACCAUUAGAGAUUGUUCAAUGGUGUACACCAAGAUUCCCCUGGUCUCCUGUUAAUUUGUAGAUUUCUUUUGCAUCUAUUACAUUUACUUUUUUGUAACAGAAUCUGUAUUAUAUUUUCUUGUGUCACAAGAUUUGGAAUUAUAUGUAAAUUGUAUAUAUCAUUGCCACACCAAAUGAAAUUUUAUGAUUCAUUUGUCAAGCUAUGACUGUUACACUUUUCAGAUAUAUAAGUCAUUAAAAAGGAGGAAACAUUUCAAAAACUAUAGAAAUGUUAUAUAUAUAAAAAAUAUUAAAACAUUAAAUUCAGUGAAGUUUUCUUUGAUGUUCUACUUCUAAGAUGUAUGAUCCCUGUGCUUGCUUUUGAUGAAGUCUAUUUGGGAUUUCAUUAGUAGGAACAAUUGGAGUUACAAAUACUUUGGUGUGGCCUUCAUUCUCUAACUUACAUAUAAAGUUAUUAAGUCACUUGCUUCGCUAUGUAGCUUGUAGCUGUGACAAAUGAAAUAUUCAUUAUAACUUUUCCUUUGUGCUGAAUAAAAUGUGAAAAGUACCAUAA